GAACUACCGCAGAGUAGGGUGACAUCGACUUGUGUCUCAUCGUCUAGUUCACCCUUUCGUCCACUUCUUUUUUGGGGUUUCCUGGCCGUGAUUGAUAGACGCGAGAACCACGUUUCGUCUUUGUGGGAUGAGAGCAAGAGAGAGUGUGUCCAUGAGAGAGUGUGUCUGUCUGUAAGAGAGGGCAAGGCAGGGUGGCGGCGUGGCCACCCGGCGGCUUCUUGAUGCGAUGAGCGUCGUUCCCGCACCCCCCAUAAGAGAUGAAGGCAUCCCCCGCGCGUGCUGUGCCGCGAGGGCGGAUGUCUAUCGAGCUGGUAUCCGGAAACUCUCUCUCUCUCAUUGCUUGUUGGCAUCCGAAGCUAAGGCAGUAGACCAACUGACUGGGCCCAAUCGCAUUACACACUUUGGAGAGCAGAAACACAUUCGCUCAUCAUGCCUGGCCCUGGAUCAAGAGGCAUUGGCCUCCUAGUAUGGAUUGUUGUCUUUACCGUUGUCGAUGCCUCGUUUCUAUGUCUGCGAGCUUGGUCAGCGAGGGUGAUGAGAAGAUCCUUUUACUGGGAUGAUGGAAUGAUCAUAUUUGCAUUUGCCAACAUCGUUGCGCUAGAAGGUGUCGUCAUCUGGGCCAUUUACAAUGGCUUGGGCAAACACACUAAUGAAUUGACUCUGGACGAGUAUGCUGUCCAGUUCAAGCUCAUUCUAGCUAGUGGUGUCACAUGGCUUCUAGGAACCGUCUUCAUCAAGAUGGCCAUCCUUUGGCUAUACACUAGAAUCUUUUCCACGGCAAAGUUCAAGCGCUGGUCUCACAUCCUCAUGGGCGUGACGGGCGCCUACGGUGUCGCGUUCCUCAUUCUGUUCAUGAGCAGAUGUACGCCCAUGUCGCAGCAGUGGGCGCCGGUCGAAGGUGGUCACUGCCGCGACAUCACUGUCGACCAGCUCGUCUCGGUGACCAUCAACAUCGUCGUCGACAUUGCCAUGACCGCACUGCCGAUGCCGGCGCUAUGGGGUCUCCAGAUGCCCCUUAGGAACAAGAUUGCCGUCAGCGCCAUGUUUGGCAUGGGCUUUGCAACAAUCGCAAUCAUGAUUUGGCGUCUCGUCAACACAGUCACCACCAUCGGCGACCUCGACUUUGUCUACAACCUCCACGACAUCGGCCUCGUCAGUCUUCUCGAGCUCUGGAUCGGUAUCAUCAUCGCCUGCCUGCCGACCCUCGGCCCCCUCUUCAAGACCUACGUCAAGCCAGCCGUCUCCAAGUUCGGCUCCAAGCUCACGAACCCGUCAACGGACAAGGGCGGCCAAAUUAAACUCAAAGACCUGACGAGCAGCAGCGGCGGCCACAGCAUCCGCCACCCCCGUCGGACGUACGACAAGCUGGGCGAUAAUACCUCCGUUGUGGACCUUGAGCGCGCCGAGCUCACGACAAAGUGCCAGUUUUCCCCGGGAGCCGAGGCGCCCAGGGGCAGCAGGCCGGUCAUCUACGUUCAUCAGGACAUUGCGUCGCAGGAGACUUGGAAGCGAGGGGCGCAGGCUCAAGCCGGGGACGGGGGUUAUGGAAGGGAACGGGGAGUUACGGCCGAUGGAUGAAAUUUAUUCGAGAUAGGAGAUAUGUACACUUCUUGACGUACCAUUAUCAUUAUACUUUGUAACUAUAUAGUGUUUUAAUUUUGUCUUCACUUAUCACAAUAUUUCCUCAUGAAUCACUAAAGGAAACAUAUCAACAUUCCCUUUUCUAUUUUGAAGUUAAGCAGUCCCGGGAGCGUCUCACACAUAGUGCUUGCAUCUGCAGACAUCGUACACACUCUGAAGAGACUUCCGGGAGAUUUUCCAAUAAAUCAAGGCAUCUCAAUUACUUGCAGCCAGACCUCCCUGGGAGUCCGUGUCGAUCACUCUCUCUCGGAAAGCGGCACGCCUGACUCUUACUCGCCCAGAAACGCCCAGACAGCGGUCCUGACCAAAGACAUGGGAAUUCUGGGAACCCAUGA